GCUGUUACUUUUCAGCUUUCACUUCUGGUGGCGGCUUGGAGCAGUUUGUUGGUCUUUUUCUGGUUUUUGGGGCCAAAAGCAGUCGGAGAAGGUACGCAGUUAUGUCGGAGUGGUAAAUGUACACGCACGCAAUCACGGCACAAUUAAAGAACAAAACUAAACACAAUCAUGGCCGACCUUAGGAGUCGCCCCAAUGCGACAUCCAUCUCCAACUUCAACAACAACAACAAAGUGGAUAAGGAAGCCAAGGAAAAUGGAAAAGAAAAUAGUAAAAAGGCGGAGAAAAGUGAUCCUAUGAUAUAUGUUGUUUUUAUAUCACUUCUAUUUGAUCUACUGGCGUUCACUAUUAUUCUUCCGCUGCUUCCAUCACUUUUGGAGUAUUAUCGCCAAAAUGAUGCUUCCGGCUUGUAUGCCCUGCUUACGGAGCGGGUGCGAUGGUUCCAACAGCUUUUGGGGGCUCCGGAGAGGUACAUAUCUGUGCUAUUUGGAGGCUUUCUUGGCUCCAUGUUUAGCUUUUUGCAGUUCGUAGCCAGUCCAAUUGUUGGGGGAUUAUCCGAUUACUACGGCCGGAAACCGGUCUUGUUGGUCUGUGCGACCGGCAUUGCCUUGUCCUAUCUAAUCUGGGCCUUCUCCAGCAACUUUGCCCUGUUUGUCCUGGCCAGAUUUGUAGGCGGUAUCAGCAAGGGAAACAUCUCGCUAUGCAUGUCAGUCAUUACGGAUGUGUCCAGCGUCAAGACAAGGGGAAGAGGCAUGGCCCUGGUAGGCGUCGCUUUCUCCCUGGGCUUUAUUGUAGGACCUAUGAUUGGAGCCAUGUUCGCUAUAUUCUCAGAUAAAAGUGCCAGCGGAGGCACAUGGUUCGUUCUUCCUUCCCUCUUGGCGUUCGGUUUGGCUACAGGGGAUCUCCUAGUACUGGCUUUCUGUUUGAGAGAAACUUUGCCCAAGGAAAAACGAGUUAAGGAGAUCUCAUCGGCGCUGUCAUAUGGUCUGCAAUUGCUUAAUUUCUCAGCCAUAUUUAGAUUUGCCGCCAUUAAAAAUGUACCGAAGAAAGACAUCGAUGCCUUACGAUCCAUUGGAUUGAUUUAUUUCCUAUACCUUUUCCUGUAUUCUGGCUUGGAGUUUACUGUUACCUUUCUGAUGUACCAUAAAUUUGGGUACACCUCCAUGGAUCAGGCCAAGAUGUUCUUGACCACAGGCGUUAUCAUGACUCUGCUGCAAGGAUCGGUGGUUCGUCGCUUGCCGGAAGCAAAGAUCAAGGUUUAUGCCAUCUUCAGUCUAUACUUAAUUGUGCCGGCUUUCAUAUUGGUUGGCUUGGCCGAAGGCAGUCGUAUGCUCUACGCCGGAAUGAUCCUCUUCGCAAUCUCCACCGCCUUUGCGGUGACCUGUCUCACAACCCUGGUGUCCAAGUAUGGUAAUGACGACCAGAAAGGUUCAGUUUUGGGUAUAUUCCGCUCCCUGGGAGCUUUAGCUCGAGCUCUGGGACCCGUAGUGGGUUGCAUUGCUUUCUGGUGCGUCGGCUCUAAAAUCACAUAUAUUGCCGGCGGAUUAUUACUCAUCUAUCCCGCCCUGGCACUGCAACGAGCUCGUGUUUAAUAGUAAUAGGAACAAAUGUUCAAAAUUAAAGAUCAAAGUAAAAAAAACGCGAGUAUUAAAUGCACAUUAUACUUA